AUGGCUCUGAAUAAAUUGCUGAUUUUGAACGAAAAUCAAUUAGUGAAAUUACUGGAAGAUAAUGGACACCGAGAGAUUGCUUCUAUAUUAAAGGACAAAAAUAUCGACGGGGAGGAAUUUUUGAAUUUAACCGAGCAUGGAACUAGAUAUUGGAGACUAAGCAGCCAACAAACCAAGGACCUUUUUAGUUUUAUUUCUCUCGUCAAAAAGAAUCCUGCAAUGUUAAUAAAAGCGACGAAUCAAUGGAAAUCGUUGCCCGUCAGGAGACAAGUGCCCAAACCGGACGAACAACAAAAACCACCAUCAAAAAGCAACAGUUUAGCAAAAUCGGAAUUCAAGCAAAAACUCGGAUACGUUUUAAGUACCAAUUCCUCCACCAUGGUACACGGCAGUGUACCGUAUAACUUUAUACCAAAUCCAGAAAGACCUUCAAGACCUGUUCCACAAAUGUUAUACACUGCUUACGAAGCCGAGUCCAAUCCACCUGCCGCCCAAUUUUCACAUUCACGAACUCCAGAACUACCACACCAAACCAAUCCCCAAGAAGGAAGCGUUACUGUACAACUUAAACUCAAACCUUUACCUACAAUACCAGACCAAAUAGCCGCCAAACAUAAAUUCAGGCCUCCUUUGGCAACGCCCACCGAGGACGCUCCGUUUGAAAUCUACGAGAAUCUUAAACGUACAUCGAGCAUCGAUGGUAGUUACCUCGGUAAAAACGAACUCGAAAGGAGCUACGUCAACUCCAGCGUCGUCCUGGAAUAUCCUGAAGAACCGCGCCAUGUUCCUGCAAUUCAAACAAAGAGUCCGAUUGAAACUGAACCGGUUGAUGUGACGAGCAAAUUCAAAUCAAUUGAUGCCCAUUUUGAAGUUGGUGAAACUGAUUUAAAAAGGGACGACAGAAGAGUAGCAAAUGGGAAUGGAUAUUUGGAACUGAGUUCUAUUCGAAAGGCUCCAACACAACAAGCCGCCGAUUCUACGAAAUUAAGUCCGAGUUCUCAGCAGUCCUUUAAUAAGGGUUCCAGAUCACCAACGAGAGAACCGUCAAAAAUAUCGAAAAAAAUAGGCAAGUUAUUUUCGAAGAAGAAAACUGCUAAUAUCCAAGGGAUUAAUUAUGAAAAUCACAUGGUGAAUAGCGAAGUUAGCUCGCGAGAGAAAAAUUGGGAGAUACCCAUCAAAAAUCGACCGCUACCCGAUAUACCGAAAUUCGAAACCGAAAAAAUACCGAAAAAAUACGUAAUAAAGAGCCAUUCCGAUAAUCCGAUUACAACGAAAAACAUUAAGAGAACAACAACGGAACCUAUAAUUUCUACCAAAAGUUUCAACCAAAAUAAUUAUUCGCACCAAAAUCUACAAGAUAGUAGCAGUGAUGAUGAAAAUUUUGAAGACCAAAAGGUAUACGAAAACUUUCCGGUACAAAAAGCUUCUUCUUCAGCAUUUCAACCAAAACCACAUUUCCAAUUGGGUGAUAAUUUAGCCAUGAAGCUUUCUCAAGCCCUCAAAACUAGAGAAACUCCCAAUGUCGUCGCAAAGAAGAAUUUCAGCAAGAUAAAAACGCCUGUUUUGAACGAAAGUGAAGACGAUCAAAAGAACUUUUACCAAAACGUUCCCAACAAAAAUUCCCAAUUGAAUUUAACCAGCAGUUCUGAUAAAUUGGGCACCACUGCGAAAGUUUAUGCUCACGAAGAGAUCGUCUGUGGUUUGAAGGAAGAGCGCGAGUUUAGUGAAAACGAAUACGUUGGAGUUUUUUCGUCGAUUUACGAUGACAAGUAUUUCAAAAAAACCACCCGUCAGGGGGCCAAGGAACUUCUAAAGAACAUGCCCGAUGGCGCCUUCUUGUUCAGACCGAGCGAAAAAUAUUUUAUGGUGCUUACGUUAAGGUACAACGGUAAAUGUUAUAAUUUGGGAUUAGAACGCACGCCGAAUAUGAAAAUACGAUUUCACGCCGAUACGAAUUGCAUUUCACCGGAAUUUGAGAAUUUACGUGCGUUCGUUGCCUAUUUUGCAAAGGUGGCCGUUACCUUUAGAGACGUCGACAAUUCUUUAGUGGAAAUUUAUUUGAAGCCAAUGUUUUAG